AGAAAGAUGAUCACAUGGAUGUUUUUGUUGAUUGGAUAUUUGGCACUUCUGUCGCCUGUUUUGUCGUCAAAAAAUCCAACUUCUACUUCGAGACCUUCAGUUCAGUCGACACAUCGACUUAUGGGGAGACACGUCUGCGUGCAGAAUAAAGUCGUCACUCGUCCCAUAAAACAGGUGGAGUCUUACUGUAAACCCGUAUACAAGACGUACACUUAUGUGUGCGACAAGGAAAAAUAUCGCCUCUGCUCCUCUUUCAGAGUGGUGUACGAAAAGGCUCUCAGGACCGUUCACAAAAUAGCCGCUCAGACAGAAACUCUGUACGUUUGCUGCCCGGGUUGGACGCAGGUUUCUCAAGCGAAACACGACUGUACUCAAGCUAUCUGCAUUCAAGAAUGUAAAAAUGGAGGAAAGUGUAAGAAACCGGAUCACUGCCACUGUCCUCUGGGAUGGACUGGAAAAAGCUGCGAUAUAGAUGUCAACGAAUGUGUCCAGGACAACGGCAAGUGCGAUCAUUCGUGUGUAAAUAUGCCCGGAAGUUACAGGUGCAAGUGUCACGAAGGCUUUGUUCUUCAGUCUGACGGUAGAAGGUGUAAAAUUAAUUUAGGAUUAUUUCCGGAAUAUCAGAGGCUGAUUCAGGGAUACGAGGAUCUGAGCAGAAGGAUGGCGAGACUAGAAAAGUUGCAAGAACAGAACACGACCGAGUUAUCCAAGAAAGUCGACUCGUUGGCUAAAGCAGUUGCCAUCUUGUCAAAACCUCCAUCACCCUCUCACAACUCAUUAGGAUCGAUGGAUUCACCUUUCGAUCGAAUCAACUCCCUCAGCGAACAAAUCGCAAUUCUGGAGGAGAGAUUGGGAAGUUGUUUGUGCAAUCAGCAGUUGGAAACAAAUUACGCGCCUAGGGGUUGAUCCCCCUCGUAAGAGCGUGGCGUUUGUCAUCGUCAUCGCCGUCGUAGUCUUCGGAUUCAUGUAUUAAUCGUCGCCUCCGGCAUGGGUUUCCUACUUGUCAACUCGUUUAUAUAUGUGUACACAAUGGCAUUUUUCUUCCGAUUUACCGAACGGGGAGGAGGAGAUCUCCGCCUUUAAUUCACACUGCCCCCCGAUUUCGGUCCAGUUGACCGAAAAAGGUGUAGACUAAUUUCUACGGAACACGCACCGUCGUCGAUGAUUUUACCGUUUUAAAUGUGAUUGUUUAAUAAACGCUCCAUACACGUCAUCGUCUUGGCACCGUAUUUCGUGUUGGAUUGUAAAUAAGGACGGGAAUAAAACUAUUCCGAGUCGAGUCUGCUUCGUA